UCCCGCCAUGUCCCUUCCUUUCCAUUCUUUUCCUCUCAGCCCAAACUCCAGAAAAAAGAAAAACCAAAAAUGAAAGCUCCCAACAAAAUCAAACUGAAAACAAAGUUUUAGACACAGAAAAAAGAGAGCGAUAGUUCUUAGAUUCUUGGCUGGAAAAAAGGAAGGAUCUGAGUAUGGCAAGCGGGUGGGUCAAAUCUUUGCAAUGCAAAUCGAGAGCAUUUGAUGAUGUUUACCACCCGAACCCGAAGCAUUUGAUACCCAGUUCCAGUUGCAGACGAAGUUCUCAAAGCAUCAAAGACGUCAUCGAAACGACCAAGAAAAAGCCCAAGAAAUCCAACCCGAAACUACUUCCGAAAUCUAGCAGCAAAUCCGAACCGGAUUUGAAUAAUCCUCCGCCUCGACCUCGUCGGAGUAGUUCUCUCCCUGCCCGUCCCGUUCGAAACCCUGACCCUGUCCUGCCCUCACUGACUGAGCUGUCCGAGGGUCACCCUUCCAGGAACGUUGUGGAGAUUAUUUUCCAUACGAGUUGGAGUCCCAAGGCUUUCACGGGUCGGAUCGAGAUGAUUUUUAAAGUUCAAAACGGGCCGAGGACGGUGACCCGUUUUGAGGAGUAUCGAGAGACGGUCAAGACUCGGUCGGGGUCGGGUGGUCCGGCUUCUGCUGACGAGGAAAAUGCGAGGUGCGUUGCAGACGGGAACGAGGUUAUGCGUUUCCAUUGUUUGGGUCCCACUUCAGGGAACUGCGGAAUGAACGAUACGUGGCUAUUUUCCGGCGGGAAAGGUGCGGCGAUUUGCACGUAUUCCGGGAGCGGCGGGGCCCACGAGAGCGCUGGAGGUGGGAGGGGGCGGAGGGCGAUGUUGGUUUGCCGGGUUAUAGCGGGUCGAGUCUCGAAGAGGGUAGGCUUCGGCUACGAGUCAUUGCUGGAUGGGCGAGUUGGCUACGACUCAGUGAGUGGUGACAACGGCGAGUUGCUCGUGUUUGAUCCACGUGCGGUGUUGCCUUGCUUUCUUAUUAUCUACAAAUUGUAAAAAUAGUGGAAAAAAAAAACCUCCUUUUUUUGGUUUUCCUUUAUAUAUGUUUUUUUCUAAUAUUUUUUAUGAGGGUGCAUCUUCUUUUGUUGCAUUUAUCAACACAAUUUUUUUCCUUUCUUUUUGGGAUUCAAUAUUUUUUUCUGGGUUUUUAUUAUGUGAUUAUUAGUAAAAAAAAAUUGGGUUGAUAAAUGCUAAUUGUUCACGUUACUUGACCCUUUGCUCUUCUUCUAU